UGCAGAAAGAGAGGAGCUCUUUCCUUAACCUUUUGGUAAGGGGUUUUCCAGGAAGAAGGUGAAGAUGGUGGAAGGUGAAAGAACUCAGCUGCUCCCCAAGGAAGCUGGGUGUGAUGAGCCGCCAUCAUUGUCUUGCAACUAUACUGUGAGAGUCCUGGAACCAAUCCCAAAGAAAUAUAAUGCAGGUCCCUCUGGUUGGGGUUGCCUCCCUCCAGGUGAUAAGUGGCACUCUGCCCUGCCUCUCCAAGGAGGCCUCCCUCUUCCUCUUAAUUUUUGGAGCAGCUGCAUCAAGUAUUUAAUCUUCCUCCUCAACUUCCUGUUCUCUCUUCUUGGUUUACUGACUUUAGUGGUGGGACUGUGGGGGUUGACAGAUAAGGAGUCACUGGGGAGUGAGCAGCUGCCACACCUGGGUACUGACCCAAUGCUGCUGUUUGUGGUAGUGGGGCUGACAGUCAGCAUUGUAUCCCUAGCCGGUUGCAUAGGGGCCCUCUGUGAGAGCAUCUGCCUUCUGUGGUUCUUUGCUGGGGGGAUCCUCACUUUUUUGAUUCUAGAGACAUUGGCAGGAAUCCUGAUAUAUGCUUUAUGGGACCAACUCCAAGAGAUUGUGGACAGCACGAUGCUACUGGCCAUUACUCGCUACCAAGAUGACUCAGACCUGCGUUUUCUCUUGGAUGAAAUCCAGUUGGGCCUACAGUGCUAUGGGGUAGUGUCUUACCAGGACUGGAAAUUGAAUUUAUACUUUAACUGCAGUUCCCCAGGAGUCCAAGCCUGUGGUCUUCCUGCCUCUUGCUGCAUCAACCCCUGGGAAAAUGGAACCAUCAUCAACUCUCAGUGUGGCUUUGGCGCCCUGCACCUGGAUGAGACCACAGCUCAAAACAUUGUUCACUCUGAGGGAUGCAGCCCCAGACUCAGGCAGUGGCUGGGCCGGAACAGCUGGGUCAUCAGGGACUGCAUAUUAGUUAUCACAGUCAUAGAAGGGUUGGAGUUCUUGUUAGUUACCAAGCUAGUGAGGGACAUUAAAGUCAGGAAAGUCAAUGACUGAGAAUGGUGGGAGGGCUAUUAAUUGCUCCCUGAUUAGUCCUCAAAGUUGUCCUUGUGACCCCUUGUCUGCUUUGGAGUGAGUCCCAAAGUAGCAGCUGUUGCUAGAGGACACUGACAGUCAGAAUUGAGGAAUAACAGGAUAAUUGAUGUCUGCUACUGCAGGACUAUUAUAAUCCCUCUACCACCCCAGGACUUAAAAAUAGAAGUCAUUGAAGGCAAUUUGUGUGAUUUUUUUUAAAAAUUAAUUUUUCAUUAUGAUUAUACAUUAAUAUUUCAAUAUGCCAAGAAAAAGAGGAUUUGUAUGUGAA